CUCGAGAUCAUCAGUAUGCGCCUCCUCCCAUCCUUUGUGGCCCUUGCCCUUGGACUGUUGGCUUCUGCCGACCCGAUCUUGUCGCCUUACCGCGUUCAUGAGAGACGUGGGCACGUCCCCGCUGGAUGGUCAUACGACCGAAAGCAUGACAAUGCGGCUAUCAUGCCUCUGCGGUUUGCUUUGAAGCAGAGCAACAUUGACGCGAUUGGUGACUACUUAACGGAAGUCUCUCACCCAGCGUCUGCGAAAUAUGGCAAACAUUGGACUGCCGGAGAAGUUUUCAGGAAGUUUUCGCCUAGCGUUGAAAGUAUUGGAACCGUCCUUGCCUGGCUCGAAGAGAACGGUUUUGAUUCCUCCCGUGCCAAGCUUACUCGUAACAGAGGUUGGAUCGAAGUCCAAGCCACUGUAGAGGAGGCUGAGCGUCUCCUGCAGACCGAGUACCAUGUGUACGGUCACAAAACUGGCCAAGAGCAUGUUGCGUGCGAUUCAUACCACUUGCCUGAGCAUGUCCAGUCUCAUGUUGACUUCGUGACUCCUACUGUACAUUUCGACGCCAAAAUCUCGAAGCGCUCUGGCUCCCCCGCCGACGGGACCGCGCGCUCUAUUGGACAGCCAGGACAGGGCACUUACCCCAAGACCACUGGAGAAAUCCAGACUCUCCUGACUGAACUGGAAGAUUGCGAUCAACAAAUAACCCCAGUUUGUUUGAGGGCUCUGUAUGGGUUGGUUUACGAGCCGCUGGCAGCCGACAAGAACAGCUAUGGAAUCGUGGAGUACACCCCACAGGCCUACCUGCAACCUGACCUGGAUAUGUUCCAAAGCAAUUUCUCCGAAGACCUUGUCGGAGUUGCGCCCAAGAUGAUAUCAAUAGAUGGAGGCUAUGCACAAACCGAAUACACCGGCUUUGACUACAACGGUGAAUCCGAUCUUGACCUUGAGUACUCGAUGAACCUCGUCACCGCUGCGCAGCCAAUCACCUUAUAUCAGGCUGGCGAUAUGGUAGAGGGUGCCUCUUUCAACAACUUCCUUGACGCAAUCGAUGGCACGUACUGCACCUUUGAGGGUGGAGAUGAUCCAACUCAAGACGCCAUUUACCCUGACCCAUACGGCGGAGGCUACGAGGGCCCUGAAGAUUGCGGCACUGCAGCCCCUACUAAUGUUAUCUCGACAUCUUAUGCGUACGACGAAGCUGAACUGACGCCCUUCUAUACUGCCCGUCAAUGCGCGGAGUAUGCCAAACUUGGCUUGAUGGGUGUUACUGUCCUCUACAGCUCUGGUGACUAUGGAGUUGCUGGAAACGAUGGCUACUGUCUGACGGCUGACGGAAGUUUUUCCCCGGACGGCACGAUCUUCAACCCCAGUUUCCCAGGAACUUGCCCCUACAUCACAUCUGUUGGCGCUACUCAGGUCAACCCUGGUUCGACGGUCUUUGAGCCGGAAGGGGCCUGUGAACAAGUCAUCUAUUCUGGAGGUGGCUUCAGCAACUACUUUGCGAUGCCUGAUUACCAGAAGACAGCGGUCGAGUACUAUCUGACAAAUUAUUACCCUCAGUAUCCCCCCGAUAUCUGGAACGCCUCAGGAACGUCCCGUGGCUUCCCUGACAUUGCUGCUAACGGAGCCAACUACGUUGUAGCUAUUGAUGGUGCAUUCAGUUUGGUUUAUGGAACGUCCUGCUCUUCCCCAGUCAGUGGAUCCGUCUUGACGAUGGUCAACGAUGCCCGCCUGGCAGUUGGAAAGAGCCCGAUAGGAUUUAUCAAUCCAACUAUCUACUCGUCUGACUUUGCUGGCGUUUUCAAUGAUAUCACCAUGGGCGGAAAUCAAGGAUGCGGCACUGCUGGAUACACUGCUGUUCCUGGCUGGGACCCAGUCACUGGACUGGGGACCCCCAACUUCCCGAAGCUUGUUGCGAAGUGGUUACUUCUUCCGUAGACUUUGAACUCGACAUUUGGGAAUAAAGUUAAUGUUCGUGGUGUAAAUUAUAAGUCAGUGCUAAACUGGAUGAUACCAUGUAGACGUUGUUAUUAUCAAGAUUCUGGACCUCUCAUUAGCGCCUUGGACUGCAAUACGGAUGUAAAAUGUUACUGCUGAAUACUAGCAUUUGCCUGACAUUCCA